AUGUUAUCUAAUCGACACAGAAAAAUCAGAAUAAAAUCCUUGACUCAGUCAAUGGAAAAGCUUAUUAUCAAUGUUAUCAAUGGAAGUUGUAAACACAAUAACGAUGAAGUUGUUUGUAUUUUUGUGUAUUCUUUUAUUCAAGUAUAUUUUUCAUUAUCGUUGGUGAGCAUUGAUGAUCCCCAAGUAUCGAUAUCAACUGGUCUGGUAAAAGGUAAAACUAUUUCAUUUCGUGGUAUUGAAGUUAACCAAUUCCUUGGAAUACCUUUUGCUGAAUCACCAACGGGCCCGUUAAGAUUUAAAAAGCCAAUAAGCAAAAAGCCUUGGAAAGGUGUUUUGAAUGCCGAUCAAUGGGGACCAGUAUGCUCACAACCCGCUUUAAUAAACUCUAAGCAAAACAAUACCGAAGACUGUCUUUAUCUAAACGUCUUUGAAACUUCAUCGACUCUUCGUGACCUGAAAAAUGGUCUCAACAAUUUACGACCAGUGAUGGUUUGGAUCCAUGGAGGAGGUUGGGUUACAGGUUCUGCUAAUAUACCCGAAUGGUAUGACGGUACAGUGUUGGCCUCGAUGAAUGAUGUAGUUGUAGUCUCGAUAAAUUACCGUUUAGGUGUAUUUGGUUACUUGUAUUUACCCGAAUAUGAUGUGCCAGGAAAUAUGGGACUUUGGGAUCAACAAUUGGCACUAAAAUGGGUACAAGAAAAUAUCAGAUUCUUUGGCGGUGAUCCUAGUAAAGUGACCAUUUUUGGUGAAUCUGCAGGAUCAUUUGCUGUCUCCGUUCUUCUCGUUUCCCCACAAUCAAGAGGACUUUUCAAUCGAGCGAUCAUGCAAAGUGGUACUAUCCAUGACUCUGCCUUGACACAGAGGCCAAAUUCAUCGAUACAUUUCCUUGAAGCCUUGAACUGUUCAUCAACGAUAAGCUCUUGUUUAGCCUCAUAUGAAUAUGGUGUUGAUCCAAAGGUUGAUGGUAUCUAUUUAUUACCAGUUAUCGGAGAUGAAUUUAUUCCUGAUACUCCUGUUAACAUGAUCAACAAUCAUGGUGUCGAUCCUAAUAUCAGCAUCUUAUUGGGAACCGUUGGUUAUGAGGGGGCUGGAUUUAUGGCCGCUAAUAUUGAUCCAAUAUUAUUUGAUCCUUUUCAUCCUGGAAAUUUAACCUUGGAUCAAGUUCGUAAAUCACUCGAUGAAGUUUUAAUUUUACGUGAUUAUUACUCGGUUGAUUAUGUUAUGGAAAAAUAUUUUUCCAAUGUUAACACUAAUGAUUCAGAUGAAUUGAGGUUAAUCCUCGCAAAGGCAGGAGGUGACAUGUUAAUCUCUUGUCCGACUUAUGUGUUCGGUCGUGAUCUUGUUAAAAAUGGACAGUCCAAUGUUUUCGCUUAUUAUCAAACACAAAAGCCUCGAAAGUCAAUGUUUGGAUUUGCUGAUGGGAAAACUUGGGUACCGGUAACACACGCGGACGAUAUUCCGUUUGUUUUUGGCCAUUCAAUGCAAGAGAAUUCGAACUGUGACCCUGAAGAACUGAUUAUCUCCAAUAUCAUGAUGAAAGCUUGGACUCAUUUUGCAAGAUAUGGAAAACCAGGUUUAAUCGGUGCUUAUGAAUGGCCGUCAUGGUCAAUGAAUGAUGGCGAAAACAUCUUACAUCCAACUAUCGAUUUCAACUCCAAAAAGAUUGGUCACUAUGAUCAAACACCAGUCGAUUUUUGCUUCGAAAAUUGGCCUUUCCCGGUUGCUAAAAAAUAACAAAAUUCACUGCGAAUUUAAUAUUCAUUUCUUAUAUUUGAUUUCACUUAUCAAAAAAUAUGAUUGACAUUUUAUUUGUA